AUGACGGCUGAUCGUGUUUGUAUCACAGCACCUUCUUUGAAAUGUGUGUUUUUUGCAGAUUCAGGAAUUGUGGGGCUUCAACCGAUAGACUUUGUCCUAAAUGCUCCCCAACAUGGGGCAGAUGAGCGACAAGAGGAGAUUCCUGUGGUCAUUGCUGCAUCCGAAGAUAGGCUCGGUGGGGCCGUUGCAGCCAUAAACAGCAUUCAGCACAACACACACUCCGACGUGAUUUUCUACAUUGUUACGCUCAACAGUACAGCAGACCAUCUCCGGUCCUGGCUCAGCAGCAGUACCCUGAAAAGCAUCAGGUACAAAAUUGUGAAUUUUGACGCUAAAGUUUUGGAAGGGAAAGUAAAGGACGAUCCUGACCAGGGGGAAUCCAUGAAACCAUUAACCUUUGCAAGGUUCUACUUGCCAAGUCUGGUUCCCAGGGCAAAGAAGGUCAUAUAUGUGGAUGAUGAUGUGAUCGUGCAAGGGGAUAUCCUUGCCCUCUACAAUACGCCACUAAAGCCAGGACAUGCAGCUGCGUUUUCAGAAGACUGUGAUUCGGCUUCCACUAAAGUCAUCAUCCGUGGGGCGGGGAACCAGUACAAUUACAUUGGAUACCUUGACUAUAAAAAGGAAAGAAUUCGUAAGCUCUCUAUGAAAGCCAGCACCUGUUCAUUCAAUCCUGGAGUUUUUGUUGCAAACCUGACAGAAUGGAAAAGACAGAAUAUAACCAACCAGCUGGAAAAAUGGAUGAAACUCAAUGUAGAAGAGGGCCUGUACAGCAGAACGCUGGCAGCCAGCAGCACCACCCCACCUCUGCUGAUCGUGUUUUACCAGCAGCACUCCACCAUUGAUCCGAUGUGGAACGUCCGCCACCUGGGUUCCAGUGCUGGAAAACGCUAUUCACCCCAGUUUGUGAAGGCUGCCAAGCUACUCCACUGGAACGGGCACUUUAAGCCAUGGGGAAGGGCUGCCUCAUAUACUGAGGUCUGGGAAAAAUGGUAUGUUCCGGAUCCAACAGGCAAGUUCAGCCUAAUCCGAAGACACAUGGAGAUCUCAAAUGUAAAGUAAAAUAUACUUUAUGCUACUGACAUCUCAGGAAAUCCUGGCACGUGUGGGAAGUAACAGUUGCUAGGCCUCAGUGUGCAUUUACCACAAGCCACGGGAAAAGGAGCCUUUCAACUGGGUAGAGGACCACCUACCUGCCUGGCAGUCAGCUUCCCAGAGAGACCACCUGUCUCCACCUGCCCUCCCACGUGUGUGCUUACUCUGGUGCCAAACGAUGGGCUGUUCGGCGGGCACAGCUAGUUCAUGCUGCUCCUUGGUUUUAAUGUUGUAACCUUAACCUGUGGCCCGAUUUAUAAAUAAAGUGAAACCUACAUUUUUCAGUA